UUACACAAAGUGUAAAAGAUAACACUUGUCUUCCACCGACAAGGCCGUCUUAAAAGACAUACUAUAUUUUAGGAUCUUAGUAGUUAUAAUCCCCCAUCAAUUACUCCCUCGAAUCGGCGGCAUCUGAGAAAGAAAGAACACGCUCGAUUCAACCGAGUCUACUCAGUUAACAACAAUGCUGGAGUGCUGCCUUGGAACACGGCGCGUCCGGCAGAUUCAUCGCGCCUGCCGCCACAGCACCGUGACCUUCCUCUGCCUCUUCCUCACGCUGGUCGUCCUCCGCGGCACCAUCGGCGCCGGCAAGUUCGGCACGCCGGAGCAGGACUUCAAUGAGAUCCGUCACCACCUCUCCGCCGCCCGCGCCCGCCGCGUCCUCGAAGAAGUCAAACCCGAAUCCCUAUCCUCCUCCGAAUCCAACAACUACGCGACCUUCGAUCUCUCCAAGAUCCUCGUCGACGAGCCCCCCACCGACGACGAAAAACCUAACCCUAACGCGCCCUACACCCUCGGCCCCAAAAUCUCAAAUUGGGACGAACAACGCUCUUCAUGGCUAUCCAACAACCCGGACUACCCCAACUUCAUCGGACCCAACAAACCCCGCGUCCUCCUCGUAACCGGUUCGUCUCCCAAACCGUGCGAAAACCCGGUCGGAGACCACUACCUUGUCAAAUCGAUAAAGAACAAGAUUGACUACUGCAGGGUCCACGGGAUUGAGAUUUUCUACAACAUGGCUCUCUUGGACGCGGAAAUGGCAGGGUUUUGGGCCAAGCUUCCGUUGAUUCGGAAGCUCUUGCUUUCUCACCCUGAAGUGGAGUUUCUCUGGUGGAUGGACAGUGAUGCAAUGUUCACCGACAUGGCCUUUGAGGUGCCAUGGGAGAGGUAUAAAGAUUCGAACUUUGUUAUGCACGGGUGGAAUGAGAUGGUGUAUGAUGAGAAGAAUUGGAUUGGGUUGAACACUGGUAGUUUUCUGUUGAGAAACUGUCAAUGGUCUUUGGAUAUUCUUGAUGCUUGGGCUCCAAUGGGGCCCAAGGGGAAGAUAAGAGAUGAAGCUGGGAAAGUGCUCACUAGGGAGCUUAAGAAUAGGCCUGUUUUUGAAGCUGACGAUCAAUCUGCUAUGGUUUAUUUGUUGGCAACUGGGAAGGAGAAAUGGGGUGACAAGGUUUACCUUGAGAAUCACUACUACUUGCAUGGUUAUUGGGGGAUUUUGGUGGAUCGUUAUGAGGAGAUGAUUGAGAAUUAUCACCCGGGGCUUGGUGAUCAUAGGUGGCCUUUGGUGACUCACUUUGUGGGGUGCAAGCCUUGUGGGAAGUUUGGGGAUUACCCUGUUGAGAGGUGCUUGAAGCAGAUGGAUAGGGCCUAUAACUUUGGGGAUAACCAGAUUUUGCAGAUGUAUGGAUUCACUCAUAAGUCACUUGGUAGCCGUAAGGUGAAGAGGGUGAGGAAUGAUACUAGCAAUCCUCUUGAGGUUAAGGAUGAGCUUGGAUUGCUUCAUCCUGCUUUCAAAGCUAUCAAGCUCUCUUCUUCUUGAUAUGGUCGAGGUUUUAUGAUCACAAUUGUGGGAAAUUGCUGACAAAUGUGGCUGAUGCAACUACAAUUAUGGUCGUGCUGUGGUUGUGGUUAUGGCAAUGGCAAUGACAACUACAGAAAAUUGCAGUGAGGUCCAUUUUUUUAAAAAUCUUGGUGAUGUUGAUGUUGGUUACUUUUCCUAAUUCUUACUACUGCUACUUGAUAUUCAUUCAUCUGCUACCACACCACUAUACUCUUUGCUUUGCAGUUGCGUAUGAUCAUGAUGAUGAUGAUAGUGUUGAAAACUGUAAUCUUUAAUUUAUUUUUGCUUUUAAGUUAUAGUGAUUUUUUUUUAAAAGAACAUAUGGUCUUCUUCUCUACUCUGUCCUUUUCUAAUCCGGGACUCUGUUAGUUCAUUUUGUGGAUAAAUUGAUAGAUGAGGAAUUGUCGAAUUGAGAAUAAUUCCUUUCUUUGUUUUUGGAUGAAUUUGUUGUCCUUGCUAUAUCUUUGCUCGUGUUGGUUAAAGGGUCGAGGAAGGAAUCUCUUGUUAGUAACGGUUUCUUGUGCUUCUUUGAUACGGAAUCUGUUUACUAAUAGUUCGGACCGUCUUGUCAUUGAGAUUUCGCUGAAGACAUGGUUAAUUAAAAUGGCAACUAAGAUAGAGCUUUUAAGUGUCACUGAGAUAGAAUAGGUGGUUGUUAAUUAAAGGAUUUUAUAGUUAUAAACAUUGCAGAUAUUGACAGGUUAACUUGCAGAUUUAUGUGUGAACAGAUUUGCCUUGGAGAAAGCUUUCGAAGGAUGCAAUGAAUCCAAUAUCAAUUCCUCACUUUUCCAUCAUAUUUUGAAAAGCACACACUCUUGACUCUUGUGUAGUUGUAUUCGAGUAGUUUUAUUUUCAAUUUUUGGGUGCACAGCGAGGAUGUCACUGCAUGUAUAGAUUAGUGGCAAACACCGGGCAAUAUAGCAUGUCAACUAUGAUUUCAAAGUUUAAACUCGAACAAUUGGACGGUUUGAGA